GUACUCGUAACUCUUCAGCGAUGGGUGUCCAAGGCCUUUGGGAGGUCGUGAACAAAGCGGGACAAUCUCGGUCGCUCGCCAAUCUAGCAAUUAUUGAAGGAUUUGAAAAGAAUCAUUCCGGGAAACGCGCCUUUCGUAUUGGCAUUGAUGCCAGUAUAUGGUAUCAACACUGUGUACACAGCAAAGGCGGCGAGAACCCAGAACUCCGCCUGUUGUUCUUUCGUUUAUGCUCGUUGGCGCGACUACCCUUUCUACCACUCUUUGUUUUUGAUGGCGAUGAAAGACCCAAGAUAAAGCGAGGCAGCAAGAUGGGGAAAACGGGAUCUCAUAGCCUUACGUCUGGUAUGAAGAAACUGUUGGACAUAUUUGGCAUAGAAUGGAGAAUGGCUCUCGGUGAAGCAGAAGCCGAGCUAGCUCAUCUCAACAGAUACGGCGUUAUCGACGCAGUUAUGACGGAUGAUGUGGACGCGCUCGUCUUCGGUGCUCUUCGGGUCAUCAAGAAUUCAAGUCUAACCCUUUCUGGGAACAAGUCCAACCCCGCUUUGGACUCGGAGGGCAAACCCAGCAAACACCAUACCAUGAUAUAUACAGCGGAAGCUAUCAGGAGGCAUCCGGAGGUAGGGCUUACGAGAGGGGGGUUUGUUCUCUUUGCCAUUCUUGUGAAAGGGGACUACGGUGACGGUGUAAGGGAUAUCGGCAAAGGCAUCGCGCAUGGCUUGGCUCGCUGCGGAUUUGGCGAUGAACUUCUCGAAAUAUUUCACCGUCGUUCUAUCGAAGACGUCCGUCCAGCACUCGCACGCUGGCGCUCCGGCGUGAACUUGGAAUUGCACACCAACUCGCGGAAACAGCUUCGGCACUCGUACCCUGCACUUUCGUUACCACCAGACUUCCCAAAUAUGCAGAUACUCGAGAACUACAUCAACCCAAUAUGCAGCGCCCGCGCGGGAAGGUCAGGUGGUGGCAAAAUGCGCGACAAUGGAGAGCUGAAUCUUGCCCGUGCUGCUGCGUUCUGUGAGGAGAAUUUUGGAGAGUGGGGUUACCAGACUGCGAUUAUAAAGAGGUUUCGGAGUCUGAUGUGGGAAGCGGCAGUAAUGAGGGUCAUCAGGAGAGCUGUGCUUGAAGCUGAUGAGAAAGAGAGGACAAAACGUCUCGAGCACGGUGAAAGCACUGUCAUCAAAGGGCCACUGACUCCCUCUCCCGCCGAGGCAGUCGGAACACCGGCUUAUUUCGUGAAAAAGUAUCUCGACAUGACAGAUGUAGAUCGCCGUCGUGCGGCUUUUGCCCCUCAGCCCUCCUUCAGAGGACAUAACCCUCGUAACCGGUCAUUGAUCACGAAGAUUCUGGGAACCCGCCAGCAUGUAUCCACUGAUGGCCUUCUGGAGUACGGUGUUGAAAUGUGUCCUUCACAGUUGGUGGAAAUUGCUCAGUCAGGUAUCAAGGGCAAACGACCCGAGUUCGCAGGCAAUCCCACUGCUUUGGAUGACAACCUAAUCGAAAGUAGCUCGCAAGCCACGAAGGGAACUACCAAAAAGUUGCCACCCGAUCCACAUAGCAAUAUGCGCGUUUGGAUUCCUGUUUCUAUGGUCCGGCAGGUCUACCCUGGUCUUGUGGUUGAUUAUGAAGCCGAACAGGAGAAGAGCAUUCGCAAAGCCUCGGGAUGCGGUGUGACACGGAGACAAGGAAAGGGUAAAGCAAAGGCUGAUCCAGGUACCGAGGACCAGACAAGCCACACCGAACCUUUUACUUCUCCGGUUCGAGUAGCGAGGACGCACUUUCAGUUGGACCGGGAACCCAUUCGCGCGCUCGGUCCGGAUCGUGAAAGAUGUCAUACCAGUGGCAGCGACGAACUGCGACCGCAAAUUCGUCUCGAGGAUUAUAUACCAUCACUCCCUUCUGUCUCAAUACGUGCGGAUACUCAUCCGCCAAGCGUGUUCUUGUUUUCUAUGCCUAAUCCUGACAAUUCUCUGGAGUUGGUAUUGGAGGAUGUAGAAGACACUGACGGAGCGCCCCAAAACCAGGUCAUUGAAUUUGAUAAAAGGGACUUUCCGAACGAUGCGAUGGGGUGCAAGGAAACCGCUGGCCCUCAAGCCUUGAUGCUAACUCCGAGUGGUACUGACCAAGCGGAAGGUCACAUCCACCGGGUCGCAAAGAAGAGGAAAGCAGAGUCGAAUUCAGCUCAAUCCUACCGUAUCAGCUCACCACGUCCUAAUGUCUCACACCCUCGCGUUCAGCCAGGUUUCGAUCCCAAUGUCUUGGAAUUAUUCAGCGAUUCUGAGGAAGAAGAAAUUUUUCGGCCGAUAUCUGUCUCCAUCGGGAAAUCGCUGAGGCCGCCUUCUACUCUGAAGCAUGCCUCAGCCCCUGGUGCGCGCGCACCAAAUAGGCAGAACUAUCCUCGACCUUCCUACCAGGAGAGCGACUUGACCGUUGACAACGUUGGGAUUAUAAUUGACCUCGCUUGAUGCCAAAAGAAUAACGUGACGAUCCCCCCCUCUUGCAUUAAACAUUACACCUCAGACCCGCGGGAUUGAACGUGGACUUCUAUAUAAUAGUUGUCAUUCGUAAUAAUAAUAACUAUCUAGCGGCAACUUAACACACAUCCCCGCAACCCCUGCCGAUCUUUCUGAAUAUGCACCUGAUAGUCCCCAGCCUUUUGUGGCUCAUGACAAUCGUUUCUGCAUCAACCUU